AUGCCAUUCAAUAGAGAAGGUGAUACAUAUGUCAUGGACAUAAUUCAAGACCUGAGACAGCUAUUGAAAGCAAGACUCAGUCCUAAUAGACCCAUCAUCUUUUCAACAUUAACAAACUCCACGAUUGCAGCUGGCAGUAUAUUGUGGAGGAAAGGGUAUGGCUUGAAUUGCCUAGAGGAUAUGUUGCGGAUCGCAGAUGGAAGAACAAGAUUCACUCUAGUCAACAACUCUAGAGAUUUCCAGUUCUGUUUACUGGCUACUGCAACAUGGGAUUACCUUGCCUGGCUCUCACAGGCUUUGAGCAUUUUUCAAAAACUUGGAAUCUCAUUAAAUGAGGAUCUUUCUCAAUACCAGGGCAUAUAUCCAUACAUUAAAUUGUCUGGAAAAAUAGAUGGUUCUGAGUUUAUGCAACAUCUCAGAGAUGUUUCACCCAUCUAUCUUUUUGUCCUUCCGAUUUAUUCCACAGCUGCAUCCAAUCACUUUUGGUCCUAUGAUAAGAAUGGUCAAACUGAAAUUUCAAAUCAAGAAUGUGAACAUCUAGGUCUUCCCUGCAAGCUCAAAAAAAUUUCCUAUUCUGCUCAUGCCUAUUCAUGGCCCACCAAAGUGUACAAAGACAUUCACAAGUGGCAAGUUCUUCGAGGAUUUGACCCAACCACAACCAGUUUUGCUCACCACCUUGGAUAUCCUGCUCAAUUUGAGGUCAUCCACUGGAAAUCAAAGUGUUUCAAGGAAGGGGAAAGGCUUGACAAUAAUGAGGACCUUGCAAUCGACCAGCUGUUUUAUGAUGCUAAUCCUCAAGUUGAAGAUUUAUUGAUAGAGAUCACACCCCGAUUAGAGAGCCAGCAAGUUUUACUUUGGUUGACUCUCAAAGCUUUCUUGUCCACAUACAUCACGAUGUGGAUUGAGAGAUUCUCACUUUAG